CUGGGGCGUGGCAACAGAUGCUCGCUCCCUGCCCCUGCUUAGUGGAGACCUCGCCUGGGCAUGAUCGAGACGGAGAACACAAGAAGUCAGUAUCACUAGCGUCAGUAUAAGGGACGGACUAAUCGCGGCCGUGGGUUUCGACAAGGAAGUGGAGGAGCAGUUCCCAGGAGUGUCGUGGGCAGCGGUGGUGGAGGCCCACGGACGCUCAGUGGUCCCCGGGCUGGUGGACGCCCACACCCACCCCGUGUGGGCUGGAGAUCGCGUUCAUGAGUUCGCUAUGAAGCUGGCUGGAGCGACCUACAUGGAGGUACACGCUGCGGGGGGUGGCAUCAACUUCACAGUAGAACACACCCGCGCCGCCUCCGAGGAAAAAUUACUUCAGCUCCUCCUCCCUCGCCUCCACCGCAUGUCUCGUGCAGGAACGACUUUGGUGGAGUGUAAAAGCGGCUACGGCCUAGACGUGGACACUGAACUAAAAAUGCUACGAGUACUGGAGAAGGCUCGCCCACAUGCCCACCUCACGAUCUCCUCAACAUUCUGCGGCGCCCACUCCGUGCCCAGGGGCCUGACGGCUGAAGAGGCGACGCGAAGGGUGCUGGAGCAACAGCUGCCAGCAGUUAAGUCUGCCAAGGACGCUGGCGAGUUGCAUGUUGAUAGCAUUGACGUUUUCUGUGAGCAAGGAGUGUUCAACGUGGACCAAUCGAGACGCAUCUUGGAGGCCGGACAACGAGAGGGAUUUUUUAUUAACUUCCAUGCUGAUGAGCUCCAUCCUUUAAAGGGAGCAGAGAUGGGAGCGUCCCUAGGUGCGGAAACCAUGAGCCACCUGGAGGAAGUGUCUGAGGAAGGAAUAGCAGCCAUGGCGAAGGCUGGCACUGUGGGCGUCCUGCUACCCACCACCGCCCACAUCCUCAGGCUCCCCUCGCCUCCUGCUCGUGCAAUGAUCAACGCUGGCGUACCUGUCGCCCUCGGCACAGACUUUAACCCUAACGCCUUCUGUUUAUCCAUGCCGUUGGCCAUGCAUUUGGCGUGUGUCAUAUUCAAGAUGUCCUUGAACGAGGCGCUAACGGCCGCAACCCUCCACGCCGCCCACGCCCUCAGAAAAGCCCACGCCCAUGGCUCCAUAGAACCUGGCAAAGUGGCUGACUUCGUCAUCGUGGACGCCCCUAGGUGGGAGCACCUGGUGUACCAGUUGGGUGGCGCCGACCACGUCAUCUCCCACGUCAUUAAGGCUGGCACUGUGGUCCACACCAGGCCUUGACACCCCUACCUCCAACCCAGAUCCCCGCCACCCCUUAAUUUCCACCUCCUCAGUUGACCUCUGGUCGUGAGGACCAACAGUUACCUUAAAAUAUUUUCGUUAAUUGUGAUCCAUACUGACUACUCAGGAGAGGACUCUUACCUGACUUUCGCCAAUACCAUCUAUUGUGUAGGAGACUAUCAUGACCUCAAUAGCUCCCGGUGAGGAUACUCCUGGCUGACCCUUGGCCCACACCUUUCAGUGACCUCGACUCAUGAUAGCUACUGAAAGGUUAAAGCCUAAUUUUGUUGUCCGAUUUUCCCCAGGCAGCAGAGGGAACUAAUUUAUAGACAUCCUAUAAAAGGCAAAAAGCAAAAUAAUUAUUUUAACCACAACAAUCAAUGACAAGGAGAUUUUUCACCGACCUUUGUCUCUGAUCAACCAUCAACCCACACCUAACCUCUUAUUUACGCCAACACUACCACAACAUCCACAAACAUGCUUCCUCAUAAUCCCUGACGUACAACCUGUAGCCCACAGUGUAAUGUUUGAUCAGUCAAUCACUUAUGGACCAAGAAAUUUACUUUGACUUCUUUACUGAAAGUUGACACUAAGACGUAAAACUUCUCGCAUGAAGGAUGAAUCAUGUUGUUAAAAUAAUGGAGUAAAUUACGGUCAACGUGCAUCCAUAGUGAGUAGUAUUUUACUCUAAUGUGAAUUAUUGAUGAAUAAAAAAAUUGCAUCAGC